CUUACAUGGAAUGGAUGGCAGAUGGGAGCAAGCGUUCUGAUAGGCAGGGCCCAAACGCCGGCCAAGUGAUUCGGGCUUGAAUUAGACGCCCACGUUUGUUGGAGGUGAUGGGAGGUGGCGACGGGUGCAGAGACGGGGCCGGCGGCUGCAGAGCGGUCUCACACUCAAUCUCUCACACUCGUCGCUUGAUAGAGUGGUGGGAGGGAGGAAGCCGGACUGGUUCGCGAGAUCAAGCUGUUGGAUCUUCGACAACGAGGGAGCAAGACAGGCAAACAGGCAGUGAGCCGCAAAAAGAGGACGAGAGCAGGACUAUCACGAAAUGUUUGGAAACAAGCAGAGAGGGGUCUAGCCACAAGGCGGAAAACUCGAUGUUUUGUGUGGUCGACACCGCAAGACAGGCCAGCGAGAAACAGCAGGGUGCCCGAAGGCAAACCAGGGCCGAACAAGGAUACGACAAGCAGGAACAAACGCAGAACAGCACAGCAGCGGUCCUACCCACGCCUGCACACGCCUGCAUAGGCACUGGCUGACGCUGGAAUACCCGGCAGCACCCCAUUUGGCCUCGAGCCCGCGUCGUCGCAU